AGGAAAGUAUGAAAGACAUUUUAAACGUUCGGCGUUAACGUGCGCAACUAAAACAACUUCUAUAAUUUUAUAGUCUUAUAAUUUAUAAUGCGUCAAUCGAUGUGUAAGUUGUUAUAAAGUUUAAUUGUGAUGUGAUUUAAUUGCGGAAAAACGCGAAUGCCGCUGCGCAAGGAAAGAUUAUGCUAUUUAUCCGACUUAUUAAAAGACCUUUCCCGUCUUCAGAGGUCUUUUAAGGCUCUAAUGGUGUCUGGAUGCUCUUGAGUGCAGAAACAUGCUCGUGUUUCGUGUGUUAGUAGCGUUGUUGCUUCAUGUAAACGCUCACUGCAUGUAUUUGAACUGGACAUCACAUGACAGACCAAACAUAGUCAUGGUCAUGUCUGAUGCCUUCGAUGGCAGGUUAACUUUUCAUCCAGGGAAUAAAGUUGUACAGCUGCCUUAUAUCAACUUCAUGAGAGAAAUGGGUGCUGUCUUUCUCAACUCUUACACUAAUUCACCAAUCUGCUGUCCUUCCAGGGCAGCUAUGUGGAGCGGACAGUUUGUUCAUUUAACUCAGUCCUGGAACAACUAUAAAUGUCUUGAUCCCAAUGCCACAACAUGGAUGGACCAUUUACGUAAGAGUGGGUACCACACCCGUAGCAUGGGAAAACUGGACUAUACCUCAGGGGGGCACUCUGUCAGUAAUCGUGUGGAGGCAUGGAUCAGAGACCUGCCGUUCUUACUGAGGCAAGAGGGCCGUCCAGUCACAGAGCUGGUGGGUGAUUCGUCCACAAAGAGGGUCAUGAGUAAAGACUGGAACAUCACUGAUGCUGCAGUCCAGUGGAUUCGGCACACUGCAGCAUCUCUCUCCCAGCCAUUUGCACUUUACCUGGGUCUAAAUCUUCCCCACCCUUACCGCACAGACUCUCUGGGGCCCACAGCUGGUGGUUCCACCUUCCGCACCUCCCCUUAUUGGCUAAAAAAGGUUUCCUAUGAGCAAGUGUCUGUGCCGAAGUGGUUGCGGUCUGAAGAUAUACACCCUGUGGAUUACUACUCAACCUUCACCAAAAAUUGUAGUGGGAACUUCACAGAGGAAGAGAUCAGAAAAAUCAGAGCCUUUUACUAUGCUAUGUGUGCUGAAACAGACAGCAUGUUAGGUGAAGUGAUUGCUGCUCUCCGAGACACUGGAUUUUUGAACAGCACAGUUGUAUUGUUCACUGCUGAUCAUGGGGAUCUAGCCAUGGAACACAGGCAGUUCUAUAAGAUGUCCAUGUUUGAGGGCAGCUCUCAUAUACCUCUGCUUAUAAUGGGCCCUGGAGUAAAGUCAGACUUUGAAGUCAGCCUACCUGUCUCACUAGUAGACAUAUAUCCCACUGUGCUUGAUCUUGCUGAUGUUCCACAGCCAGGGGGUCUCAGUGGUCACUCAUUGCUUCCUCUGGUGUCCAGGGUCAGCAUUCAAUCAGCUGAGAUUCAUCCUGGCUGGGUGCUUAGUGAAUAUCAUGGCUGCAAUGCUAAUGCCUCUACAUAUAUGCUGAGGAUAGACGAGUGGAAGUACAUCACGUAUGCAGAUGGCUUGACUAUUCCCCCACAGCUUUUUAAUUUGUCCAAAGAUGUAUCAGAAUUGAAGAAUGAUGCAUUGCAUUUCCCUGACACAUGUCUGCACCUAGACAAGCUGUUACGUACGAUUGUGGACUAUCCCAGGGUCUCACAAUCUGUUCAUCUCUACAAUAAACAACAGUUUCUAGAAUGGAAGCAAAGCCUAGGGAUCAAUUACUCCCAGGUCAUAGCCAACCUGCGAUGGCAUAUUGACUGGCAAAAAGACCCCAAGACUCUUGAGAGAGAAAUUGAGGAGUGGCUUGCAGGGGUAGUAUGACUAUCCAGAUUAUAACUGCCCAUGAACAGCACAAGGAAGAGACUUUUCAGGUCCUGUUUGGAACAAAAGAAUAUUGUUUGUUUGAUCAACAAAAGUCUAGGCUUGCUAAUGUGCUUGAAACAUUUUGACCUAUACUACUACUAAAUGUCAAAUAUAUGAGGUAAACAAUUGCACUUGAAUUUAGUUUGCUGAAAGAGCAUCCACUUAAGAAGUAUUUAGUACUAAUAUUAUGAAUAAAGAUACAAAUGAAAUCACACUACCUUUACAAAAAAGAACUUUGGUGAUGGUACAGUGAUGGUAUCAAAUUGUUUUACCAUGUUUUACACUAAUGGGUGUUUCUUUAACUAUUGCCCCUUUACUCUGGACCAAAGGAAACUGCCUUUAAAAUUGUUUCACACUUUCACUAGUUUAAUAUGUAUAACAAAUUACACAUGCAUCACAGGAGAUUAAUGCCCUCUUUUUUUGAAAGCCAUGUCAAGUUCCCUCCACAGUGUCAUUAAAAAUGUUGUACUGUGUUUAAUAGAAUUCCGUAGUAGAAAUGGCAGUGAUGGAAUUCCUUUUUUUUAUAUAAAAUGUCUGACUCCUUUGUAUUGUUAAGGCUAAUGUCAUAGCUAAUAUUUUAUGUAUCAAACUCAAAUAAUAUUUUCACACUUUUUGAAUUAUUUGGCAAAUUACAGCUUGAUUGGAAAUUACAUAAAAUUAAAAUAUUCUGCUCACCAGAUAUA